UGGUGUGAUGAGGGAGUGUUUUCACCUCACUGCUGCAGGAGCUUUGGGAAAGUAGCUCAGAGAGCAGCCCAUUCCUCUAGAGGAAAGAUGGAGCCAAAGACCCUUACUCAGCAAAACGGGUCACAGGAUACCUUACUCUUAUAAGAAACAGUAACUAAGGCUGAUAGGAACCCGAAUGAAGCCAGAGAUUAGCACAGCAAAGAGAUAAAGCAAAGUGUUUACCUGCCAGUUUACCCUUUGCCUGCUUGAGUCAACAGAAAGAUCAAGUAUUGUUUAGAUGACAAGUUUUUUGCAAGUUUACCCAAGUAAAAACCUAAAAACUUCACCAAGUCUGGACUCUACUUUUACUGUACUCCACCAACUACAACUCCUCUGUUGCUGCGGAGCCUAACCCCCACAGGGAGUGACAGUAUCCAGGCUGCCAGUGACGCACAGACAAGAAAACUGGAAGAUUUGUUCGCCGACACAAACUCAAAAAAUGAGGAUCUUCAGAAAAUCAUAGACGAACAGAACACUGCAAAGAACAAGCUGCAAGCAGAGCUCAGUGAGUUGAGUCUUCUGGUGGAGGAGUUGGGGGGCCGCACCUCACAACUGAAUAAGACAAAGCUCCUUCUGGCAUCUGAGGUGGAGGAUGUGAAAAAGCAACUAGAGGAGGAAAAAAAGGUCAGGGGCCUGGCUGUGUCCUCCUUGUCCAGUUUGAAGCUGGAGUAUGAAAUGUUGAAGGAUCAGCUGGAGGAGGAGAUGGAGGGUAAGUCCGAGCUGCAGCGUCAGAUCUCCAGACUGAACGGUGAGGUCACUCACUGGAGGACACGAUACGAGAACGAGGCCGGUCAGCGGACGGAGGAGCUGGAGGAGUCCAGGAGGAAGCUCAGCGGCCGCUUACAGGAAGCAGAAGAAGCUCUGGAGGUGACUCAGGCCAAGUGCUCCAACCUGGAGAGGGUGAAGCAAAGGCUGCUGGGAGAGGUGGAGGACAUCUGCCUGGACCUGGAGAAGGCCGGCGCUGAGGCAGCGGUUCUGGAUAAGAAGCAGCGAGCUCUGGAUAAGCACCUUGCGGACUGGCGCCAGAAGUAUGAGGACAUUCAGAGAGAGCUGGAGGCGUCGCAGCAGGAGUGCCGCCAUUACGCUGCCGACCUCUUCAAAAUCAAAACUGCAUUUGAGGAGACUCAUGAACAACUGACGUUGAUGAAGCGGGAAAACCGAGCGCUGCAAGAUGAGGCCGGCGACCUGUCCGAGCAGCUGCAGGACGUCACCAGCAGCGCCCACGAGCUCCAGAAAUCCCGGAAGAAGGCGGAGAUGGAAAAGGAGGAGAUGCAGGCGGCGUACGAGGAGGCGGAGGCUGCGCUGGAGGUAACACAACCGGGAGGAUCCGUCAACAGCAGCACUAGCCAAUCACAUCAGUACUGUCCAGGAGAGACCGCAUGUGUCCUCCAGCAAAUCACUGCGUACAAGUAGCAGCGUUACAUGGGAC